UCAUGGCACGAGAGAACGAGCCACAUCGCCAAAGUGCCCUCGCGCUACUGCCCAACUUUGCUAGCCCCUUUCCAGCGCCGCGCGUGCGUUUGUGUUUGUGUGUGUGCGUGCGCGCGCUCAGACGACAGGACUAAACCGAGGCUAACGUCGCGCGCAGCGGCGCUCCACAGUUGCGUCUUCUGCUCCUCGCGCUCCGCUGACGGACUCCUUCAGAGGGAUAACGCCGCCGUGUUUGGACAUGUGAGAGGCGCAGGAGGGAGCGAGCGCGUUCGGCGUGUUGGAGUGAGUGAGUGCGCGCGCGUGUGUGUGGACGCGAACAUGAAGCUGAAGACUUCGCUGUGGGGCUUCUUCGCCUUUCUGCUCGCUUCAGGGGCGCUGCUGGGGGGCUGUGACUCGCAACAAGUGUGCGCUGGAACAGAGAAUAAGCUGAGCACUCUGUCGGAUCUGGAGCAGCAGUAUCGGACUCUGCGAAAAUACUAUGAAAACUGUGAGGUGGUGAUGGGAAACCUGGAGAUCACCAGCAUCGACCGCAGCCGAGACCUCUCCUUUCUCAGGUCAAUCCGGGAGGUGACAGGCUAUGUGCUGGUGGCUCUGAACCAGUUUGACUAUCUGCCGCUGGAGAACCUGCGGAUCAUCCGUGGCACGCGACUUUAUGAGGAUCGCUACGCGCUUGCCAUCUUCCUCAACUACCGGCGUGACGGAAACUUUGGCCUGCGGCAGCUCGGCCUCAAGAACCUAACAGAAAUUCUGCACGGAGGAGUGUAUGUGGACCAGAAUAAGUUCCUGUGCCACGCUGACACCAUCCACUGGCAGGAUAUAGUGAAGAACGCCCGGCCCGAUCAUCUGGUGGUGCCGUCCAACAGCAGCAACUCCUGUCAGAGGUGCCACCGUGCAUGUAACGGCCGCUGCUGGGGUCCAAAGGAGAACCAAUGCCAGAGCUUAACUAAGACGGUGUGUGCUGAGCAGUGUGAUGGCCGAUGUUUCGGCCCCUACGUGAGUGACUGCUGCCAUCGCGAGUGUGCAGGAGGCUGCUCGGGGCCCAAAGACACCGACUGCUUCGCAUGCACUAACUUCAAUGACAGUGGGGCGUGUGUGACUCAGUGCCCUCAGCCGUUCGUCUACAACCCCACCACCUUCCAACUGGAGCACAACCCCCGAGCCAAAUACACCUACGGAGCGUUCUGCGUCAAGAAGUGUCCACAUAACUUUGUGGUGGACCACAGCUCGUGUGUGCGCGCGUGCCCCAGUAACAAGAUGGAAGUGGAGGAGAACAAGAUAAAGAUGUGUAUCCCCUGCACAGAUAUUUGCCCUAAAGCGUGUGAUGGCAUCGGCACUGCGAGCCUGCAGACGGCUCAGACUGUGGACUCCAGCAACAUCGACAAGUUUGUCAACUGCACCAAGAUCAAUGGCAACCUGGUGUUCCUCAUCACGGGAAUCAAAGGGGAUGUUUACCACAACAUAGAAGCCUUGGACCCAGAGAAACUCAACGUGUUCCGCACUGUUCGAGAGAUCACUGGUUUCCUCAACAUUCAGUCAUGGCCGGAAAACAUGACAGACCUGAGUGUGUUCUCCAAUCUGGCAACCAUCGGUGGCCGAUCACUAUACAGUGGGAUCUCUCUGCUGGUGCUGAAGCAGCAGUGGAUCUCGUCUCUGCAGAUGCAGUCGCUGCGCGAGAUCAGUGCUGGUAACGUCUACAUCACCAACAACAGCCAGCUGUGCUACUACAACACCAUCAACUGGACCAGCCUGUUCCGCAUCCCCACCCAGAAAGCCCUGAUCCGCAACAACCGAGACCCAAAAGAGUGCAUCAUGGAGAGGAUGAUCUGUGACCCGCUGUGUUCGGACGCUGGAUGCUGGGGUCCUGGGCCGGACCAGUGCCUGUCAUGUAGAUUCUUCAGUAGAGGGCGCACCUGCGUGGAGUCCUGCAACCUUUACCAUGGGGAUGUGCGGGAGUUUGCUAAUGGCUCCAUGUGUCUGGAGUGUGACGCUCAGUGUGAGAAAGCAGAGGAUGAUGGUCUAACGUGCACUGGACCGGGUCCUGAUCACUGUGUAAAGUGUCUGCACUUUAAGGAUGGUCCUAACUGUGUGGAGAAAUGUCCUGAUGGUCUUCAGGGAGCCAACAGCUUCAUCUUCAAAUACGCAGAGGCCAAUAACGAGUGCCACCCCUGCCAUGUCAACUGCACACAGGGAUGCACAGGCCCCAGACUUCAGGACUGCAUCGGCAUGAUUGACAGGACUCCUUUGAUUGCAGCGGGUGUUAUUGGAGGGUUGUUUGUUGUGGUGAUCGUAGUGCUGGGCGUGGCCGUAUCAGUGAGACGGAAAAGCAUCAAAAAGAAAAGAGCACUCAGACGCUUCCUAGAGACAGAGCUGGUGGAGCCUCUGACCCCGAGUGGAACGGCUCCUAACCAGGCCCAACUGCGGAUUCUGAAGGAGACAGAGCUGAAGAGGGUGAAGAUUCUUGGCGCUGGAGCUUUCGGCACCGUUUACAAGGGGAUCUGGGUGCCUGAGGGUGAGACCGUGAAGAUCCCGGUGGCCAUUAAGAUCCUGAACGAGGCAACAGGCCCUAAAGCCAAUGUGGAGUUUAUGGAUGAGGCCUUGAUCAUGGCCAGCAUGGAGCACCCCCACCUAGUGCGUCUUCUUGGGGUGUGCCUCAGCCCCACCAUCCAGCUGGUGACCCAGCUCAUGCCCCACGGCUGCCUGCUGGAUUACGUCCAUGAGCACAAGGACAACAUCGGCUCCCAGCUGCUCCUCAACUGGUGUGUGCAGAUCGCCAAGGGUAUGAUGUAUCUGGAAGAGCGGAGGCUGGUACACAGGGACCUGGCAGCCAGGAACGUCCUGGUGAAGUCUCCCAACCACAUCAAGAUCACAGACUUUGGCCUGGCGCGGCUGCUGGACGGGGAUGAGAAAGAGUACAACGCAGACGGAGGGAAGAUGCCCAUUAAGUGGAUGGCGUUGGAGUGUAUCCACUACAGGAAGUUCACCCACCAGAGUGAUGUCUGGAGUUACGGUGUGACUAUCUGGGAGCUGAUGACGUUCGGGGGGAAGCCAUAUGAUGGGAUUCCAACACGAGAGAUUCCUGACCUCCUGGAGAAAGGAGAGAGACUGCCCCAGCCGCCCAUCUGCACCAUUGACGUCUACAUGGUCAUGGUCAAAUGUUGGAUGAUCGAUGCGGACAGCAGACCCAAGUUUAAGGAGCUGGCUGCCGAGUUCUGCAGGAUGGCCCGAGACCCGCAGCGCUACCUGGUCAUCCAGGGUGAUGACCGGAUGAAGCUGCCCAGUCCCAAUGACAGUAAGUUUUUCCAGAGUUUGCUGGAUGAGGAGGAGCUGGAGGACCUGAUGGAUGCGGAGGAGUACCUGGUUCCUCACGCCUUCAACAUCCCUCCACUAACGUACACCACCCGCUCACGGGUCGACUCCAACCGGAACCAGUUUGCAUAUCAGGAUGGCAGUUUUGGUAUGGAGGAGAUGAUGGCCACCAUACCUAGAGUGGUCGCUGUAUCUGCGGUAACCCCAUCCUGUUCCUCCCAGGAGGCAUCAGCAGCCCAGCAGAGCGCAGCGGCGCCCCCGGAGGACCCGCGCUGUAACGGCACCCUGAGGAAACAGGCCACGCCCAGGCUCAGCACUGCAGAGGACAGCAGUGGUCAGCGGUACAGCACUGACCCCACCCUACUACUGGGCGAACGGGCAGCCAGGCCUGACAAAGACCAGGACGGAUACAUGAGCGCAAAGAAGGACAAAAACCCCUCAGAUUAUCUCAACCCUGUGGAGGAGAACCCAUUCGUUACCCGCCGCAGAAAUGGAGAAAUCCAUACACUGGACCCCGGUCACCACUCUGCCUCCAAUGGCCAUCCAAAGAUGGAGGACGAGUAUGUGAAUGACCCUCUCUAUCUCAACACCUUCCAUAACUCUGGGGAGAAGAGCCAGGAGGCUUUGCGGAAGAACGGGAUACCUGUGGCUCACACAGCGGCAGCAGCAGCAGCAGCCAACCCUGGAGCCUCCAGUGCCCAAAACCCUGCCCACAGUGCCCCCUCUGGUCACACACAUCUCCCAGCGCAGCCCAUUUAUUCUGCCCAACCGGGCAUCCCAACACUGUCUGGGCACACCCUUCAUCCUUCCCAUUCAGGACACCCGACGCUUACCCUCCACCCAGCCCACUCUGGCACCAUCAUGGCUGAUAAAAAGCCCAAAAAGACAUUUGACAAUCCUGAGUACUGGCAGCACAGUCUUCCACCCAAGGCCACUCUUCACAACCCAGAGUACCUGCAGGACUGCAGCACCCGCUUCUUUUACCGACAGAACGGCCGCAUCCGGCCAGCUGUGGCCGAAAACCAGGAGUACCUGACCGAAUAUGCGCUGAAACCUGGGACAGUGCUGCCCCCACCACCAUACAGGCAGAGGAAUACAGUGGUGUAGUAGAUGGAGGAGAGGGGGAAGAAAUAGGAUGGAAGAGGAGGUGACCCAUGGUCAUUCAUUCACUCAUUCAUUCAUUCAAACCUUUAUUUAACCCCUUAACUCGAGAUGUAUGGCUUAUUACUCAGUUAUUAUCCAGUAACUACUCAGUAAAACACUGUGGAGCCUCUAUGUAAGGUAGAAAGUUACAAUAGAGAAGACUAGAAGUCUUAGAGUUUCAGGAGCUCAGAAUAUGCUGAGGGAUCACUAUUAUUUAACAAAGUAUGUGAUGGUAUCGAGUCAAAGAAUUAAAGCAAUCAAUGAAGCGAUAAAAACAAUGAGAUUAUUAAAGCAACAAGGUAAUAACAGUGACAUAAACUGUCAACUUAAACAUUUAAAAUCUGAAAGUAAUUGGAAAUUUUACAUUUAAAUACACCAAAACAACACAAAGUGAGAUUAACUUUAGACUGUAAUGUAGCAUGGUUCAUUUUACGAGUGCUCAUUACCUAAAACCAGAUUUUCGUCAUAUUCUCACCACUGUAUCCUCACCCUUGAUCUCGCACCAGCACUAUUCACCUUCUCCUUCCCUCAGUUCCUCUCCUCUACCAACUGGGGUUCAAGAUCAACCUUCAGAAGUCUACUCUCCAGAGCGGGGUGCUGUAAACAAGACGUGCCAGUCAACCCAUCUUCUUUAGUGCAAUCUAAAGGAGGUGCUAACCCCUCCCCACCCUCAUCAUGUGCACAUAUCAUGGUUACAAUGGUGACCUAACCUCCUGGACUUAGCAUCCUCUGAUCACACUCUGCCCCUCACUGGGCGUAUCCAUAACUGGAAGGCAAGUAGAUCCUCUUGAGAGACACCUUUGACCACAAAACAGAUGGCACGCCAUGGACAUUUGUUACAAAGAGCAACAAGCACUGGGCUGCAUCCAUAUGGGCCAAACUUGGAGAUGGGGGAGGCCUCCUUCUGGACUUCUACACUGGUUUUGUUGGGCAUUUUUCUUUUGCUGUAAUCUUUGUGUUUUGGCCGUCUGUGCAAGGUUACACCUCUGGACACCCAUACAUUGCUUACUAAUAGAUGACCUCAGUUGAGAGCUGUGUAUUGCAACUUCUACUACAAUCUGUAGACGCUCCACAAACCCAUGUCACUCGUCCCAGGAGGGGACGUACAUGCAUCACAUCUCUCAUUGCAUUCCUGACACAUUCAUUUAGUCCCUCCGGUCACUCGCUCUGUGUUUCUCAUUACAUAAAUAGCACAGGAGUCAUUUUUCACUCAUCCAUGUGCAGCCAUCUAAAUUGCAUCAAUGCACUGAAGGUCCAUUGACCUUCUGUUUGGCUCCCACAUUCAGAAGUGAUGUAACAGUGCAGAACCCCAUGCAUCUCAUUCAUACUUGCACACAGGCGGCCAGUUCCUUCAUAACUAAACUUGGGUCCACAGCACAGGCCGGAGAACAUAGAGGAGCGUGUGAUGGCUACAGGAUAUUCUUCAAAUACUGUGCUGCAAAAUUAUGUUUUUUUACAGUCCAGCCAGCAUCAAUUAUGAUCAAACAGAAGUGUGACAUAGAUAUAGAUAUAUCUCUUAAAGGAUAUGGAUUGCACAAGCUGGAUCUACCUAAAUGUUGGUGAAUGAACUUUCAUAAUGAUGACCAAGGCACAUACAGAUGGGGCAGCUUGCAUUCACCAAAACGGAGCAGGGUGUAAAUGUGUACAAACCUAUGGAGAUGACACAAAGGCCUCAUGAGUGCCCUCUCAGACACUAGCGCAGUCCAGAGCAAUGGCUGCUGAAUUAUUAUCACGAGGCAUAUUAAACGCUAUUAUGAUAGUCCAUCAACCAGGGGGUCAGCCAGUGGCACACCAUGGGACUGGCUAUGGAUGGAAAGCACUAGCUGGCACACACGUCUGCCUGCAGUCAUUAACGCUGAUCUAGAGGAGCGCAAGGGGGGCAGAAAUACUGUCGUGCCACGAGGAACAAAUGAGGAAGUGAAAAUAGAACAUUUGCCCUUAGGCCCCAGACCUGUCUGCCUGAUAUCAGUCUUCUCCCUGCCGGACUGUCCUCCGAAAAAAAAUGAGAAAUUUGGAGAAAUCAUACUUUCUAAGUUUAUAUAAUAAGGUGUUGUUUUCUCACAAGCGUCAAACGUCAUAGGUAGAAGAAAAUCACGCCAUCCAAAUGUCCGGCCAGAAAAAAAAAAACACAUGUAGUUCUGAACACUGCCAGGCGUUAUGAUUCGCUGCUAAUGGAGGGUCUUAUGUGGAAGUUUUUUUUAAAGCACUUAAUGGUCUGGCACAGUCAAAUAACGUAUCUAUUUCCUACAACUAAGACUGUUGAAUACUCAUUUGUUUAAAUUCUGUUCUGUCCAUGUUGGUAGAGAACAGCCAGCCUGCUUGUGCCGCACCAUGUGUUCUGUGUGUUCUAUGAUUUUUUUUUAUUUUUUUUGCUUUUUUUCCUUGCUAAUGAAGGUUUAUGUUUAUCGUAUGGCAGGGCACGUUCAGCUGUUUUGUACACACAGAUUGAGUUCAGUGCAAAACUAAUGGGGAAUCUCUGUUGGCAGCUCUCAUUAGUCCAAGACUAAGCUUAAUCUGUGAGUGGAAAAAUCAGCCCUGGUGGUUCAACACAAAGACUUUAGCACAUUUUCCAUUUCUGUAGGCAGAUUUGGCAAACGGCAGUGUCACUUCUGUGCCGAGAGUUGAAAUGUACCCAACAGACGUUACUUAAAUGAAGUAUUUAUCUUAAGCAUUGCUUGCUUUAACCUUCAGAGACCUAAACACUAAUUUGUUGCUGUAGUUUCAUUUUUUUUCCUUUUAAACUGUUCAUUGGAAGCUACUGACCCCAAGAAGUGUGAUAUUUUAACAUAUUUUGCUUUGAGGUAGAUUUUGGGGUUUUGAAAUUCACAGUCAUAUGAAAAAGCUUUGAUGUUGUUGGAACAAAACCUUAAAUCUCUAUGGUUUUUAUUCAUUCUUUAGAGAAUUUCAAAAGUCCAGCUUCGCUUUACAUUGUGUUAAAAUGUAAUGAUAAAUGGAGAAAUAGAAAUGUUCCAGAAUUGCUUAGAAAAUUCUUGUCUUUUACUUUUCAUUCAAAAGUUAGAAACGUUUUUCCUGUCCCUGUAGUUACCCUUUUGGAUAUUUGAGGCGUGGUUGCAACACUGCAAUUUUCAAAUCUCAAGAUCUGCAAUUUUUAUUAUAGUUUUGCAGUCUGUAACCACCAACAUUGAUUCCAUGUAAAAGUUGUAAGUACGGAAAUUUUGCCUAAUAACAUGGAGCUUGUGAACUGCUGUGACAUCACAACCACAAACAAGUGGCAGGCUGGCGCACUGUGUUACCACUUUAAGUCUCAAGCCAGAAAAAAUAUACGCUGGUCAUCUUAGCCAAAAAAAAGCCCAUACCUCAAUUUAUAUCUCAAUUAAAAUCAAUUGCAUUUAAAUCGUAGAAAAAAUUAGAAAAAAUGUAAAAAUGUGAUCUUUUGCCCAAAUCGUUUAGCCCUAAUAUAUAUCGCUGUUGUCAGAACAAAGCCUUGUAUAUCCAUUUUUGUCGUUUUCAGUUUUUGCCAUAAUUUGAAAAUACCUGUUAUUUGUUACACAAAUACCUGUUGUUUAUUAUAUGUUACCCACACUAGGGGGCAGUGAGCACACUUGCCCGGAGCAGUGGGCAGCCCUAUCCACGGCGCCCGAGGAGCAGUUGGGGGUUAGGUGCCUUGCUCAAGGGCACUUCAGUCACGUCCUUUUAGCUCAGGGGAUUGAGCUGGCGACCUUCCGGUCACAAGGCUGGUUCCCCAACCUCCAGCCCACGACUGCACCUCGCGUAUCCAACAUGAUUGUUCUGUGUUGUUCUGACAGCAGCGAUAUUUUAUAUAUGUAUAUAUAUAGUUGCAGUUCUUAUUUCAGUAACCAUUAUGAAUGAAGGGAAAACAUAUCACAGGUGUUAUAUUUGCUUGAAAUAUUGCCAAAUUUGCUCCAGAACACACAGCAUGGAUAUCAGUAAGAAGCAGACAUGUUGUUUGAAUGUGGACUGUUGGCUUGUAUCAUUUUAACAGGCAUUAAUAGCGUGCUUUGAACAAUUCUCUGAGGGUCUCUGAGGGUUAAAAUGAAGUCUGCUUUCCAACUGAUCUCUAGCUAAAACUCAUCUGUGCUGAGGUUCUCAAACAGAAACGCCAAAUUGCUGUGUAGUCCCAAAUGAUGUCAUGGUGUAAGAAGCUGAAUUAUAGUACAGUUCGCCUAUAAAGAUCUUAAAGAGAUGUAAGCAUCCUGCACAGGCACAGGUAUAUUUCAUCUCUCAGCACUAAUUAUUAUGGUAUUGGUUCAUGUCUGUGUGGAAUAAUUGAUGCCACCAAACUGAACCAAGGCCUGAUAACUACUGUCUCUGUGUGCACAUUUGCUGUCAGACUCUUUUACUGUUAAAAUGAGGCGAGAAGGAUAUCUCAUAUUUUUUUUUAAUAUAAACGGGAGAUAGACGCAAGAGAAAUGAAACUUCUUAAGAUUAAAAUGAAGACGCUACUGUUACCUGCAGGAUGAUAUUAAAGGUACGGUUGGCCGUGGAUUCUGAGAGGGAUGAAUAUUACUCGAAGGUUAUAAGUACAGUCUAGUAAUACACGACUUUAGUUGUUUUUGUUUUUGUUGAGUAGUGCCCAUGUGCCAUACCUCAUACGCAAAGCAUAAACAUUAUUUUACUUAUCAUACCUUUAAACAUGUGCAUCACAUACUGCAGCUGAGAAGAGGCCCGUCAAGGUGUCAAAACUGUACAGUAUGUAGCAAACACUGUGGAUACAGGAUGGAUGAAACCCUCCUUAAACUAACAAGCAGCUAAGCAAGGAACGUCUUGACCAAAACAUGGGAAGAGACCGAGAAGUCUAGCAGGAGCUCGUAGCCACUAGGAGUCUUUUCCAUGCUGAAGUGCUUUGCACUGAAGCCGGUAUCGUGGAGGUGGGGAUUACAGUACUACUUCCUUCAACAAAAACCCAGAAAGGAGGAUUAACGUUUUUGGACUUGAUGCUCAUUAUUUCUUCUUUGAGGUGAAAUCUGAUUUUCAGACAAACCUUUUGGAAAUGUGACCACUGUAAAUAUUAUCUGGGGGUUUAUUUUUGGUUCUGGGAGGAUUGCAGGAUGUUGAACUAAUGUGAAGGGUUUUUUUUAUUAUUUUGUCUGUGUUAUUUUACACGAUUUUCCUUCUGAAAGAUGAUAUGUGGAGUAAUACCUUACAUUGAUUAACAUCCCCCAGCUUCUGCAAACACUUACUGGGACUUAUUAGCUCAUAAGACAUAUAAAUGGUUUAGUUAUAUAUUUGAAGGACGUUGACCUUAAAAAGCAUAUAUGUGAAACUUUAUUUGACCUGUAUUUUAAUGCAAUAAGCUUAACACACAUAGAAUAUUAUACAGUACUCAGCAUAGACCUCUAAGUUGGUGCAUCAUUUUGUGUACACCAUUAGGCCCAAAUAAAGAACUCUUAAGUCUAAGCUGUUUUUCUCUAUGGAAAAAAUGAAUGGCAUGUAAAAAUUUUGGCCUUUAUCGCACACUAUGGUAAAGUGUGGUAAAGGCUUAAGUGAAACUAAAUUACGAGGUCAUUAAGUAAUCAAAACAUAUUGCUCCAUUCAAGCAGGCUAAAUGUCCUGUGCAUUUAACUGACUUACAUUCAUAUUUAUGGUAUUUGGCAGACACUUUCAUCCAGAACGUCCUACGGUUUAAUCAUAUUGCACGGGUUGGUAAACUAGGAAUCUUACAGGUAUAGCAUGACAUUUUUUCCCACACGAGGUCCCCAGUCUGCCACAUGGAGGACAACUGUGUUACACACUAUGUUACGCCAACUAUCGUUAAGUUACAUUAAAGAAUAGCUGCUACAGUAAUUCUAAACUACUUUAACACUAUGUGGCAGUCGUCUACCCAUGGGCACCGUCAACAGCUGCAAGUGCCUGAAUGCCCAAGCUUUGCACGCUAAGAGCCGUGAGUGACAGUAGGAGGAGAACGUCAGCUGCCAAAAGGGGAGGGACGAUGACAACAGCCACUAAAGGCAUGAAGGCAGGGCGCAAGUCCCGAACUUGGCCACCCAGGCCCCGCCUGUGUCACAGCGAGGACACUAGACUUCACCUCACGUUCGAUCCAGGCAGCUAAGCUGGGUAGUGGGGGCGGUGACAGGGAGGAGGAGCAACAAGCUCUGUCCCUCUUGGCUCAGGUUCUCAUGCUGACGUCCUCCUCCUGCUGUCACUCACGGCUCUUAGCGCACGAGGCUCGGGCACCGCCUUCCCGUCCUCUCUUGCGGCCAUUGCUGGUGCCCGUGGGUCGGCUGACUGCCACUCACUAUUAUAUAACAACACCAGCUCUCCAAAAUAUAACUUUAUGUUUAUAUUUUUCUCAUCUUCUCUUUUUCUUUUCUUUUUUUUUGGCUCCAGACGUGUACACUCCUUUUCAAACAUGAUUAACUAGUUGCUUUCCCCCUCACUCGGGCAUAUUAGACAACAUAAUAGUGCUGUAAUAACCCAAAAGUUGUUUGGGGGGCCACAGGGGCCCUAAUCAGCUGCUUAUGUUGUAGAGUUGGCACUGCUUGUAGACUAGUACUACCACACUUGACAAAGCUUGCUGGUUUGCAUAUUGUAUUUAGUUGAGUUUGCCAGUCUUUUGAUGUCAAUUUUAGCCAGUCAAAAUCAUAAAACGUUUUGGAUUAGACAGUGUAGAAGCCCAAACUCUUUUUUUUUGUUCUCUUAAAUUUGCCCACAUUCAUAUUUGGUCAGUUAUGAAACAUGUAUAUCUGCACUCAUCAUCUUGAAAGGCCAGUUUUCGGAUGAAAAGUGUUUCAAAUGGACACUUCUGUGCUGCUGAACACUUUCAUCUGCUAGCAAAAGUGUUACAGAUGAUACUAGUUUGAUGGACAGGGAGGCGGGGCCGUCUUAGAAUCUUGCAUACAGUCAGUUAAAUGCACAAGAUCACAAUACAUAAUGACUAUAUACUUCAAAUGAUGUGAUAUUAGGGGUGAAAAACAUGCAUAAAGGACAAAACACAAGCUUGAGAAUUUGUUGGUUAACCACAGGAAACUACAAGUGUGAUUUUCUACAACGCCAUUCAUUUUUCCCACAGGGAAAACCAGCUUGGCUCAUCUGGAUGCGAAUGGUGAACUACAAAAUGAUGACAUGACAUGACAAGUCUAUUUCCCUCUACAGUGGCAACAGACAAAUAACAUUUAUGAGAGUCUUCCUCACAUGGAAUCAAAUCAAGGGGGAAGGUUGUGUAUUUGCAGCACAUUUUCGACACACUGUUAUUAACGAAAGCCAGUCUACUGAUAACGUUUUAUCCAAAUCCACGUAUAAAGUACUGAUUUAUAUCCAGCGCUGCCACCAACACUUGAACGAGGGAUGCGCCAAGCACUGAAUUUCGCAGGGAUUGGGUUCAGGUUUAACGUUCAUGUGAGUGUAAUUUGUCUCUUCUGAUGUAUUUACGGUAAAUUAUUCCACUCGUGUCCACAUACUCAGAACCUACAGAGAGACAGAGUAAGCACAGUUUACACGCCGAUCAUUCGUUUUAUAUUACAGCAACCAGUUAAGGGAAGGCAUCACUCUUCCUGAAACACUAAACCUUUUGGAAUGGUUGUUUCCUCGCGAUUUUACUACUGUUAACUGAGAAAAUGUGAAUAGUAUUUUUAUAGAUUGUUGAAGAAUUGGCCAGGUGCAUUUGUAAAUAGAUGGGUAUCUCAUGCUCUUUUGGACUGCAAUGAUUUUGAUUU